GUUUUAAAGUACAAAAGGACAAGGCUCAGCUGAGUGUCAAUGUGAAGGGAUUUGUGAAGAAGCUUAAGAAUAUUUCAGAAAACGAAGCGCAGGAUAUCCCGGAAGAGAAGAACUAUGUGACUGCUCUUGGAAUAUGUGCCCAAGAUCCAGUGGGAAAUGGCUCAAAUGUAAGUGGCAGUGAAGUUUACUCAUUCCAGUCUCCCAAACGCUCCAGUAAGAUGGCAGAGCUGGCAUCUGAAUUAGCCCAGACACCAAAAAAGAGUGUGACAUCUGAUGACUCCAAGUGCCCUGACAAAACAGCCAAAUCCCCUCAAAGUAGCAAACAUUCAAGUUCAAACAAAGAGCAGCAGAAGAGUAAAAAGAAAGAGCUUGUGUCUACUACACCUUACCUACUCAGAAAGAGGCUAGAAGCUCCAGAUCCCUAUUUGGAAACUGAGAGUGAGUAUUCUGCUUCCUGCUCAGAGGGAGAGGAUGAAGAUCAGAAAGAAGUCAGCACCCUUGCAUCAGAUCAGAAGACCCCAGCAAAAACUAAAGCUGCAUCUACACCACCUCCCAGAAACAGCCUAGCCAGAAAAAAUGAGGAAAAGAUGAACAACCUGGUGGAGGAAUACUUUGAAGCUCACAGUAGUUCCAAAGUGCUAACUUCAGACCGAACACUGCAGAAGUUGCAGAAAAGAAGAUUGAAUCAGCAAACACUGCAUGAUCUUUUGAAAAAAGCUCCCCUUGCCUAUGCUGCUGAAAUUAAAGAGCUUAACCAGCAACAUGAAUCCUUGUUUUCCAAGUGGCUGCUACAGUUACACUUAGGUUUCAAUAUUUUGCUUUAUGGACUGGGUUCAAAGCGUGAUUUGUUGGAGAAGUUUCGUACCUCUCUGCUCCAGGAUUCUGUUCACCUUGUGGUUAAUGGAUACUUCCCCAGCAUCACUGUGAAAUCUAUUCUCAAUUCCAUCACAGAGGAGGUAUUGGACCACGUAGGGACCUUUCGCAGCCCUCUUGACCAACUUGAAUUCAUUAUUGAAAGGUUUAAAGAAGAUUCAUCUUUAGAGCUCUAUGUGCUCAUUCAUAACCUGGACAGCCAGAUGCUGAGGGGAGAAAGAAGUCAGCACAUCCUUGCACAGUUAUCCUCCCUGCCAAGCAUUUACCUCAUUGCCUCCAUCGAUCACAUCAAUGCACCCCUCAUGUGGGAUCAGGCAAAGCUGAGCCUUUAUAACUGGCUUUGGUAUGAAACAACCACAUUUAGUCCUUACGUGGAAGAAACAUCUUAUGAGAACUCACUUUUAGUACAACGAUCUGGAACUUUGGCUUUGAGCUCCUUAAUGCACGUCCUGCACAGUCUCACUCCCAAUGCCAGGGGGAUAUUCAGAUUGCUUGCUCAAUACCAGCUGGAGAACAAGGGCAGCCCAUCUUAUCCAGGACUGUCGUUCCAAGACUUUUACCAGCAGUGUCGGGAGGCUUUCCUUGUGAACAGUGAUCUGACACUCAGGGCACAGCUGACAGAAUUCAGGGACCACAGGCUCAUCCGGACCAAGCGAGGUACUGAUGGUGUGGAAUACUUACUAAUUCCUGUAGAUGACGGUACCUUGACCGACUUCUUGGAAAAACAGGAUGAAGAUGUAUAAUGUCUCUGUUCUCAAAGCAACUAC